CUUGAUUUCCCAGUUUGCUUGUAAGUACAAAUUCAACGUUUCGUAAUGUCGCGGUUACCGCGCUUCAGGUCCUCUCCAGACCCGUCAGACCCGCCAGCUCCUUCUAUCGCUACUACACUGGGUUUCUCCAUGUCGACGUCGACGUUGGGCCACAAACGCAAAGCGGAAGAUAAUCUCGAUGCAGAGGCUCUUGAUCAACCCCGCAAACUCCCCGCAAUUGGCAAUGGCGCUACAGCUCGCCCUCUAGCUACCAGCCGAAGCGCGCUCAAUAGACCAACUACAACCACAGAUCCUGCAACGAGACAGCUGUCAGGUCCACAACGCCUCACGAGACCCGAACCACCGAAAUUAUCAACAUCAGCACCACGGCGGACAACUCGCGCAACUAGCGCGCCACCAAAACAAUUAGGCUCAGGACUUGUACGUCCUCCGGGGCGUGUUGUUUCAGGAUCGCGUGUUGCUAGUGGAAGCGGAUUACAAACGAAAGAGUUCCGUGACCUGAAAAACCAAGUCGCUUCUAUCGAAUCCGCACAGCUUGCUAAUGCCGAAAAGCUAGCACAAACCAUGGACGCGGAGCGCGCUAAAGUAGCCGAGCUCGAAGCAAACCAUCGUGCUUUAUCCCUCGAGCUCGCUAACGCCAAGUCACUUGAGCUUGAUAAGCGGAGAGAGUUGGUGAGCGCAAGCGAUGAAAUCGAGAAAUUGCGCAUGAAGCAUGCUAAGGAGAUUAUGGAGCUCGAGAUGGAAGUGAAAAGUAAAGUACGAGAGGCAAGAGAGCUUGCAGAUGAGUUGAGGAUGGUGAAGAGUGAUUUGGAGAGGGAGAGGGAUAGCGUGUCGAACCUCAAGGCAACGCUGUCACAUCAGUCCACCUCACAUAUCACUCUCAAUGCGCAGAUUAAUGCUCUUCAUGCACAGAAGGCCGCUACGCAGAUGCAGCUCGAUGCUGUAACAACCAUCUCCUCAGACAGGACACUCGAGCUCGAAACCGCACAUCAACGAAUAUUGGACCUCGAGCAAGACGCCAGGGAAAGCGAAAUGGUACGCCGGAAGUUGCACAACACAAUUCAGGAGCUCAAGGGCAACAUUCGGGUGUUCUGUCGAGUUCGCCCUGUCCUCACAUCAGACUUGUCACCCUCAUCUUCGUUCACCAGCAGCCCAACUCCUGAUGAUGAGGAAAAGGGACGGGAAGCCGAUAUAUCAUUUCCUGACAGAAGGGACCACAAGGAGAUUGUUGUUUCCUCUUCAAGCUCUAGUGCCAUGGGCUCUGAGCGCAAAGAAAUCUAUAACUUUGGUUUUGACCGGGUAUUCGCACCUGAAUCAACCCAGGCAGAAGUUUUUGAGGAGAUUUCGCUCCUCGCUCAGAGCUGUGUAGAUGGAUAUAAUGUCUGCAUAUUUGCUUAUGGCCAAACAGGUUCUGGCAAGUCUUUCACUAUGGAAGGCGGAUCGAGCGAGGCCGCGACAGGUAUGAUACCCCGCGCAGUAAGCCAGGUGUUCAAAGCUGCCGAUGACCUGAAGUCCAAAGGAUGGGAGUACAAGAUGGACGGCCAGUUCCUUGAGAUUUACAACGAAACAAUCAACGACCUUCUUGGUAAGGGUGAGUUCGACAAGAAAAAGCAUGAGAUCAAGCACGACAAGUCCGGUACUCGUGUCACCGAUGUUAACGUGAUGUCUCUGCCGUCUCCCGCGUCUGUUACCUCCCUUCUCCGUGUCGCCAACUCCCGGCGCACCGUAGCAGCUACCCUCAUGAACGAGCGUUCAUCGCGUUCGCACUCUGUCUUCACACUCCGAAUCUCUGGUAUAAACACCCACACCGGUGAGAGCUGUGAAGGCAGCCUCAAUCUCGUGGACCUGGCUGGUAGCGAGCGCCUCAACUCAAGCGGGGCUGCGGGGGACAAAGACCGCCUGAAAGAGACGCAAAACAUCAACAAGAGCUUGAGUGCACUCGGGGAUGUCAUCGCUGCACUAGGUGAGAAAGGAGAAAAAGGAGAGAAGCACAUUCCAUAUAGGAAUUCGAAGCUGACGUAUUUGUUGCAAAACUCGCUGAGCGGAAAUUCCAAGACCCUGGUGAGCGCGAGAUCUAAUUACGGAGAUGUUAGUGUAACAUGAUCCUGUGGCAGAUGAUCUUGAACCUCUCGCCGCUGGCGGCACAUCUGAACGAGUCACUCUGCUCCUUGCGAUUCGCGACGAAGGUGAACCACAUCGUUGUUCCAUGCGGUGACUUCUAAGCCUUUUGCAGGUAAAUAAUACCAUGAUUGGA